AUGUACUUGCUAGCCAUGAUUAGGGAACUGCACGGUCGCAGUGUAGCCAUUCUACGCUUGGGUGCAUUCACAGCGCGCGCACGCGGCGCAUGUAGAGUCGACUCUAGAUGGGGAGUUGGUGGUAUUAGGGCUGCAAAGCUGAAUUCUAUUGUCAUACCUCCGCUGCACCCUCUCAUACAUUGCGCACACCCUCUCGUAUCCCGUGCACCCUCUUGUACAUCUGGCACACCCUCUCGCACCUCUCAGACCUCCACCCUCUCAUACAUCGCGCGCACCCUCUUGUACAUCCUGCGCACCUCUCUCAUGGCUCCAAUCCACCCUCUCGUGCAUCCAGUGCAUGCUCUCAUGAGUCCGAGUCCGUCGAUCCUCGUUCGAGCAAAAGCCAUGCUGAUCCGAGUCGUUGCCCACCGUUCGCAGUUGGUCAGUCCGUUGAUCCUCAUUCGGGAAAGAGCCAUGCUGAUCCGAGUCAUUGCCCACCAUUCGCAGACUUUCGCCACGUUCCCAACGCGAUGGAUGCCAUGCGCGAACGCCCAGCGUGCGCCAGCAAAUUUGCCCGUGCCUCCACUCCUUGUGCCAUCCACAUAUGUUCGAGUCACGUCAGCAUUCGCUGACGUGUGCUGGACAUAUGUGCUAAGCACUGGUGGUGAUACCUAUGGUACCCGCGGGUAAACCCUGCACGGGUGCGGGUACGGGUCUGAGCUUGUUGUACCCGCCGAAAACCCGUACCCGUCAGAGCGGGUACGGGUUUUUGCCAGGUGCGGGUGCGGGUCAGGUCCCCGACACCCCAGGGUAUACCCGUGCGGAUCCCUAGCCAUGAUGG